GGUAUGGAUGUCUAUAUUAUAUCUUGCCUAUAUAACAUUUGGAGUGUAUUGCUAAUAUAUAGGGAUGUAUAUUAUCUAAUAGUUGGGCAAUAAUUAAAAUAUCAUGAUUAUUUGUAGGUGUAUCCAAGGGCGAACCAUGGGGCUUGCAUCGUUCAUCUACAAAGGAAUAUGGCUACCAAGUUUAAGAAAAGAAUGCUCGCUGGCCUUAUCUCGAAGGCAGCUAGAGCAUACAAGAAGUCAACAUUCAACGAGCUCUUCGAAGAAAUAGAGCGAACCUCACCUGGAUGCGCCGAGUACUUAAUGUCUAUUGGUUUAGAACAUUGGACUAGGUCACACAGCUAUGGGGAAAGGUUCAACAUCAUGACUUCAAACGUAGCCGAGUCACUCAAUGCAGUCCUGAAGGAGGCACGAGAGCUGCCAAUAGUGUCGACGCUUGAGUACAUCAGAGGUACUCUGAUGACUUGGUUUGAGAAGCGUAGGGAAAAGGCAACCCAACACGACAAGGCUCUUACACCAAAGGUGGAAGAAAUAGUCCAGAGAAACUAUGAACGGUCCACAUCUUACGAAGUGACCAAGAUCAACAAUGAGCAAUACGAAGUAAAGACCACCACAGGUCUAACAUAUGUUGUGGAUCUCCAAAAAAGGACAUGCACCUGCGAGGAGUUCACUUUGCUGCAGAUACCUUGCAGCCACGCAAUUGCAGCCGCGAUCCGUUGUGACAUGAGUGUACCUAUGUUGGCUGCCCCUCAGUACGGAAGCUUUUUCUGGAGUCUCGCUUACAAUGGCAGCAUCCAUCCCGUCCCCGACUUAAGCACUUUGCGUGAGGUACCAGACGGAAUUGCAACAUUGACGGUUCUACCUCCUCUCACAAGAAGGCCACCAGGUAGGCCAAAGCGUACUAGAUACCUUUCAACUGGGGAAUUUAAGAGGCCGCGGAAGAUAACGAAGCGGAGCUGUACCAGAUGCCGAGGGAGUGGGCAUAACCGCGCUUCCUGCAAGAUGCCAAUAUAACUAAGGGUUUUAAACUUUGCUGCACCUUUUGGAUGUAUAAAAGCAGCUCUUCAGAUCUACGUGUUUCCUGUUCACGGCUUAAAGAAGUGGCAACAUUUUCAAUGUAUUAUAAGCAUGCCACAGGCACCAUUAUGUAAUAUUUAUCUCUGUUUUCGGGAACCUUCCCCACGUAUGUAAUAUAAUCCUGAACUCUUCUAGAAAUGGUGUAUUGCGUUGAUCUUGUGAGUCCGCACACCAUUCAAUCUGGCUUUGUAAUAUAUUAAUGCUUUCGGCUUAAAGUUGUUUCCUAACGCUUCUUUAUACAUAAGCUCACGAAACUAGAUAACUUAGUAAUCAAAAAAAUAUAACAACAAGACAAU